ACAUGGCAAUCGAACGCCAUGUUCAAAAUGGCAUCCGGUUUAGUCCAUUAGAAAGAUAGAAUCGCGCUUCCGGAAAUUGUAAGCUUACUCUUUACUUUUCAGUUGUUCCUGUUUCCUGUAGUCAUGGCGGCGGUACCCGGCCUUGAAUCUCAGCACAGCUUAAUCGACAGGAUUCUCCGGGAACAGACUCUGAGGACCGGUGAUAGCUGGUUCCUUAUUGACUUGCGUUGGUUCUUGCAGUGGAAGGAGUAUGUUGAGACGGGAGACCAAAACUCAAGUGCCUACCCAGGCCGCAUCAAUAAUGCAGAACUGUUUGAAGAUUUGGAGACCGGCAGACUGAAAGAGAGAUUAACAGAAAAUGAAGAUUAUGUGCUUUUACCUGUUGAAGCGUGGGAUUUGUUGGUGAGAUGGUAUGGUGUUGAACCAGAUCAGCCACCAAUUGAACGCAAGAUUGCAGAAAUUCCAGGUAUAAGGAAGUUGUCUGUGUACCCCCUCAAGGCCAUUCUUUUACAGCAUCUGGCAUUUGUAACAAAGCUGCUAAUGUACUUUAUCCACUCAUUUAUCUUAGAAACUGUAUUAAGAGAAACACAACGACAGUUUGGUGUUCCUGCAGAGGAUGAAACAAGACUGUGGGUGAAAAAUUCUGAUGGCUCAUGUGAACGACUACGGAAUAUUCAUAUGACAGUGCUUGAUGCUUGCCUUAGCUCAGGGCAGACUGUGAUAAUGGAAACGAGGAACAAAGAUGGCACUUGGCCUACUUCCCGCCCUCACAUCAUGAGGAAUACAUUGGAUGACUUGCAAGAUUUCCAUGGGCAGCCGGGAGUGUGUGGACUGACCAAUCUUGGAAACACUUGCUUUAUGAAUUCUGCCCUUCAGUGCUUGAGCAACACCCCACCGCUAACAGAGUACUUCCUGAGUAACUGCUAUCUGAAUGACCUCAACUUUGACAACCCUCUAGGCAUGAAAGGUGAAAUUGCAGAGGCAUAUGCUGAUAUCAUCAAACAGGCCUGGUCAGGCAGGCACAGUACUAUUGCACCACGGAUUUUUAAGGCCAAGGUGAGCCACUUUGCAUCACAGUUCAUGGGUUAUCAGCAGCAUGACUCACAGGAACUGCUUUCUUUUCUUCUGGAUGGACUCCAUGAAGACUUGAACCGUGUGAAAAGGAAAGAGUAUAUUGAGCUUAAGGAUGCCGAAGAGCGACCAGAUGAGGAACUGGCAGAAGAGGCUUGGCGGAUUCACAGGAGACGCAAUGAUUCCAUUAUUGUUGACAUUUUUCAUGGCCUAUUUAAGUCUACCCUUGUCUGUCCUAAGUGUGGCAAGAUAUCAGUGACAUUUGAUCCUUUUUGUUACCUCAGUGUCCCCUUACCAAUGAGCAAAGAAAGAGUUAUGGAGGUCUUUUUUGUUUCCAUGAAUCCUUGCAGGAAACCAACUCAGUUCAGACUUGUUGUUCCGAAGGCUGGAAAAGUUUGGGAUCUCUGUGUGGCUCUGUCAAGGUAUACUGAUGUUCCUGCAGCACGAAUGGUUGUUGCUGACGUCUUCAGUCAUAGAUUCUACAAGAUCUUCCCAAUGGAUGAACCUUUGAACUGUAUCUUGGAACGAGAUGACAUUUUCAUCUAUGAAGUGAGUGGGAACAUCUAUGACGAUGAUAUGAAUGACAUGCUGCUUCCCAUCUAUUUACGUGAGAAAACACGAAGUCGUGAUUACAGUGAUAUCUAUUACAGCACCAUACUUUUUGGUCAUCCGCUGCUCCUUUCUGUUCCACGAGACAAACUGAGCUGGGACAAUCUUUAUGAAAUACUACUACAUAGGCUUUCACGUUAUGUGAGACGUCCUGACUCUGAUGAAGAAGAUGAGGAAGAAGAUGAAGACAGCCAGGAUGAAGAUAUCUAUAGUAGAAAUACAAAUGGAUUAAUUGAAGGUGAUGAGGAAGAGUCUGCAGCAGCCAAUCAAGAACAUGAUGCAGGUUCAGAGGGUGAGGAUAAUGGGUCAGAACUCUCAAAUCAAGAAAUGUCUUCUGAACCACCCAAUGGAGAGGCAGAGAUCAACAACUGUAGUGGUGGCACAAAUUCUGAGAGCCCUGAACUGGAUGACUGCCCUCCUAGUCCUGUACCUCUCUCCCGCCAACCGAAAAGAAAGUGUCGGUCAUCCCGGCCAUGCCGCCGUAAAAGACUGCUUUUCACUUUCCAGACUGUAAAUUCAAAUGGCUCAACAGACAGAAAUUCAUGCAGCGAAGAUGGAAACUCUGUCAGCUUCCACACCCAACCAUAUAUUGCAAUUGACUGGGAUCCAGAAAUGAGAAGGAAAUACUAUGACGAAGUUGAAGCAGAGAAAUAUGUCAAACAUGAGAGCAUGGGAAUCAUGCUGAAGAAGACACCUGUGAAGUUAAAGGAGUGUAUUAACUUGUUCACCACUGUGGAAACUCUAGAAGAAGAAAAUCCAUGGUACUGUCCAACCUGUAAAAAACAUCAGCUUGCUACAAAGAAGUUGGAUUUAUGGUCUCUUCCAGAGGUCCUAAUCAUUCACCUGAAGCGCUUCUCUUACACCAAGUACUCAAGAGAGAAGCUAGACACUCUGGUAGAAUUUCCUAUAAGAAAUCUUGACUUCUCAGAAUUCAUAAUAAAGCCACAAAUAGGAGCCAAAUCUGAAUCAUUUGUUUAUGACCUUAUUGCUGUGUCCAAUCAUUAUGGAGGUCUGCGGGAUGGCCACUAUACAGCAUUUGCUCGAAACAAGGAUAAUGGACAGUGGUACUACUAUGAUGAUAGUAGCGUUUCACCAGUUUCUGAGGAACAGAUUGAGUCUCGUGCAGCUUAUGUGCUGUUUUACCAGCGACAGGAUAAAAUUCCACAACCCACUGCUUUCCCACCUCAUCCAGACUAUUCCAGCAUGGACAUUGCAUCAGACCCAGAUCCAGACACAAACGGCACCAACUCCUGUAGCAGCAUCUCUAAUGAUGUAACAUCUUGUAACUCCUGUGAUCAUUUGGAAGCUGCUGCCUCCACUUCCUUUUCUUCCUGUAACAGUGAAAUCAGGGACUUGGACUGACAGCAGGAGCAUGCUGAAGAGACAGUGGGACCCAUUGUAUCACAGCUUCUUAAGACUUGAAUAUGCCAUCUUUCCCUUAGAAGGGGGAGCUGAUGGGAUGAUUAUCUCAGGCCUGCAUUGGGACUUGUCCCCCUGGGUAGAGGUAAAUGCAUCCAAGAGGACACAGACUGCCAUUCCUGUAUGCUCACUGUGAAAGCAAUAAUUGCAUUUUUAGGGAAUGAGGACACUUUUGACUGCAUAAUGCAGUAUGUGCCUCUCUGAGCUGUGCAGGUCCAUUUAUACAUUUUAGAAAGUCAGAGGGGUUCUGUCAGCCAUGCAUGCGGGCUGAGUGAAAGCAGUCUAAAUGCUAGUUCACAUUAUUGCUUUUAAAUUCAUAUUUUUCACUCUUGUUCUUUAGUUCCAAGUUUAUGUCUGUGUUAGUCAUGCUGUUACAUUUUGAUAGCAACAGAUGGCCAGUGCCAAUGGCAGAUUUGAGAGUAGGGUUCUCCUGUUGGUUGUAGCAUGUAGUAAGAAGUGUACAUUCCACAUCAGAGCACCUCUUACUGAGCCAGUAAGAAAUGGUGUAUGGUGCUGUUUCCUGACAUGUGAACCUUUACCAAUCAAAUAUGCUAGCUAAAUGCUUUGUCAAUUCAACACUGUACAUUCUUGUUUCCACUAUUUAACGUGAGUUUUUAUUAGGCACUGGAAUUGAUGAAAAUGAUGAACAUACAGGAGGUGCAGGAUGUGACUGCAUAGAUGAGAUGAGCUUCAAUUUCCCAGCAUUUCAUUUCUUUAAUACACUUGACUAAGUGAAUUGUAUUUAAUAAGGUCAGCAUUUAACCCGCUGAUGUUGUACCUGACCCUAGGGAUGGGCAGAGGAUCAUAGAUUCCUGUUCCAUUUCCCUCAUUUUUCUGCAGUGAUAUAUUAGUAAGCAAAGAGAUACAUUCUUGCACACUUUAUCUGCAGUGUUUUACUGAAACAGAAGAUGUAAUAUGUUGGUCCUUAAAUUUUCACCAGCCAGUGUAGGUAAGUUUGUGCAUUUCCUGUAUCACAGGUCACUUGGCACUGUGGAUAAAAAAUAUUUAAAUUGUUUGCUUUUAGUCCAUGUUCUUUACAGGCAGAGCAUUUAUUUGUAAAUUCUACACUGCCAUUCCUGCACUGUACUUAGCUCUGUGGCAGAGGAGACUGCAGACCAAUUUGUUGCUGGUCAUCCACCUUUGGGCCACCAUUAUAUGUGUUUCUGAUAAGUUUCUGACUAAAAUAUUUUGAGAGGUUAUGGACAGUUUCACUGUGUGUAGGGGAUAUUGAUAACAGUCGUGUGUCCGGGACAUCAGAGAGCUGCUGCUUCACAGCAGCAAUAGUAAACAAGCUCUGCUCAUUGUACUUUUCCCCUCCCGCUUUUUUACCUCUACCCAGUACUAAUCCUGAACCUACUGCUGAAAAAAAGUUUUAUUUUUUUUAAUAACUUUAUGCAAAUAUUUUGUUGUCAGUUCUUACUGAUGGUGUUUGAUUUAUAUAUGAUGAAAAAGUUACUUGAAAGAAUCAGAUGCAAUAUACUCUUUCUACAUUAAAAUGUAAAUAUAGCAGUAUUUUAUUAUUGAAACUGGGCUAAUGCAGAUUUGGAUGUUGGUGGGAAGUUCUGGAUGGUCCUAAACAGAAUUAAAAUGCCCAGGUACUAGUAUGGGCUUGUAUGUCA